AUGUCACUGUAUGACCACUAUAGGCACUAUAGUGGUGCCAUCUCUCUGUAUGACCACUAUAGGCACCAUAGUGGUACAAUCUCUUUAUACGAUCGCUAUAGGCACUGUAGUGGUACCAUGACUCUGUAUGACCACUAUAGGCACUAUCGACGUACCAUCUCUCUAUACGACCACUAUAGGCACCAUAGUGGUACCAUAUCUUCAUACGAUCACUAUAGGCACUGUAGUGAUACCAUGACUCUGUAUGACGACUAUAGGCACUAUAGACGUACCAUCUCUCUAUACGACCACUACAGGCACCAUAGUGGUACCAUGUCUUCAUACGAUCACUAUAGGCACCGUAGUAGUACCAUCUCUCUGUACGACCACUAUAGUGCCCCUCGCAAACAUCAUCACAUAGCGCCACAGUGGCUCUACCGGCUCACCCAUUUCAAUUGA